CAUAAACCAAUGGAAGGAGUGUUGCCUGAACUAAUAUUCUAUUCUCUGGUAGCUUUAUGUACUGUUUGUAUGGAUUAUUUUGUUUAUAUGGCUUGGCAAUGUUCUGUAUUUAGAGCCCAGCAACAUCCAGCUCAAGCUUCGAAGGCAAGGGAUCAAAGGUCCCCCGCCUGCUUUUGUAAUGGGUAAUAUUCCUGAGAUGAAGCGAAUCAUGUCAAUGGCUGCAGAUGCUCCACGCAGUGAAGCUCAUCUACCACUGGGAUUUUCCACUUCCACUACCUUCCCUUAUUUCGCUCAGUGGACUAAGCUAUAUGGUAUUAGUAUGAUUGAUUUAUAUUUGAGAUGAGCAGCACAUAAUUAUUAGUUACUUAAAAGCAUAAUUAGGUUAUAUAAGAUGCAGCUAAUGUUUUAUCAAUCCUCACAACAAGAGGAACAUUCACGUUUGCGCUUGGAAAUGAACAACUUUUGUAUGUGGCCGACACCAAACUAGUGAAGGAAAUAAAUCUCAGCAAAACAUUAGACUUGGGGAAACCUUCUUAUCUGCAGAAGGACCGAGGGCCUUUACUAGGGAAGGGCCUUAUUACCUCAAAUGGUGCAGUUUGGUUCCACCAGAGGAAGACCAUAGCUCCUCAGCUCUUCAUGGAUAAGGUCAAGGGCAAUUUGAACAUAAUGGUGGAAUCUGCAAGCAACCUGGUGAGCUCAUGGCUUGGUUUAAUCGAACUUGGGAGUGGGAGUGCAGACAUAAGAGUGGAUGACUACAUUAGAAGCUUCACCUCUACUGUAAUUUCAAAGAUGAUGUUUGGAAGCCACCAUUCCAAAGCAGUUGAAUUGUUUCCGAAGUGUAGGGCCCUUAUGAAGAACUUGCAAACUCCGACAAUACUCAAAGGGAUUCCUUUCUUCAGAUAUUUACCAACCAAGGAAAAUCGGGAUGUAUGGAGACUAGAGAGAGAGAUUCACGCUUCACUCAUCGACAUAGUAAAGGAAAAUCCCGAAGCUGCAUCUGAUAAAAUGGCACAGAUUAUCAUGGAGAGUGCUAAGACUGGUGAACUUGGGCCAUCCACACCCGACCAGUACAUAGUUGACAAUUGCAAGGAUGUGUACCUUGCUGGAUUUGAAGUGACUGCUGUGGCCACAUUAUGGGGUUUAGUUCUGUUGGCUUCAAAUCCUGAAUGGCAAGCUCGCCUCCGUGCUGAAAUUCUUGAAGUUUGUGGAGGCCAUGUACCAGACACCAAUAUGCUUGGCAAGAUGAAACUACUGAAGAUGGUGAUUCAAGAGGUGCUAAGGCUUUACCCAGGAGUUGCAUUUGUGUCAAGGCAGACCUUGAAAGAUGUGAAGCUUGGUGAUAUUUUGGUUCCAAAAGGUGUCAACAUUUGGAUCUGGAUACCAGCGCUUCACCAAGACCCUGAGUUGUGGGGAUCUGAUGCUGAAAAGUUCAACCCUGAGAGGUUUGCUAAUGGGAUUUCGGGGGCCUGCAAGUCUCCCAAUGCCUACAUUCCAUUUGGUGUAGGGACCCGAAUGUGUCCUGGCCAGAACUUAGCCAUUACAGAAAUGAAGAUCUUGUUUACUAUCAUUCUAUCACACUUCUCCCUCUCCAUCUCUCCUAAUUAUCUCCAUUCCCCUCGCUUGAAUUUGCUGCUAGAGCCCGAAUAUGGGGUGAAUCUCAUCAUCAGGAAGAUAUGAGAGAAUCAACCCCAAAGAAGAUGAAAUGAACCUACCAGCCUAAGAUGCAUAAGGGUUCAGGUAAUCUUCAGUGCUAAACUCAAGUAUCUUGAUACCAAGCUGUAUGUGCGGUGUGAAAUGCCUGGCGAUAUGUAUUUGGCUUCCUAUAAUGGCUAACAUUAUGAUAUCGAUGCCUAGCUAUGUAUUUUGUGAAAUAGAUUGUCUUGUGUAUUUGGUCUCCUGUAAUGUCUACCAUUCUGCUAGCGAUCCAUGCUAUAUAUAUGGCAAUAUGUAUUUUGUGAAAUAGAUUGUAUCGUGUAUUUGGUCUCC